AUGAGCACUACUGCCUCCCGGGGUGGCAGACAGCCAUCUGUUUCGGGCCGAAACGGUAGCAAUGGUGGAGGUAGGAGAUUCAAUGGUGGUGGUGGUGGCAACUCUGGCCAGGGCUCAUCAUCGUCUGCGAAUGGUAACGGUAUCAACUCAGGCACCAAUUUGGCUGCUGUUGAUCCACCUCUUGUUAGAGGAGGUCCUGGUGGAAGAGCCAGCCUUAGUGGUCCUAGCACUACUUCUGGCCCUGGUUCGAAUGCCACUGCUGGUUCAGGAUCUGGUGCUGGAUCUCGUGGUAGUGGUGGUAUUGGACCUAAAAAUGCAUGGAGUAAGCCUCUUCAGUCGUCAGUGACAACUACUUCUGGAGGCUCUUCAGGUUCUGGUACCACUGUAUCCAAUAAUAAUUCCAAUUCAAAUUCUGGCGCAUUAAGCAAUGUUGCUGGUUCAAACGAAUCGAACUCACAGAACCAUUCAUCAGCAGCCGCAGCAACCCCAGCUUCUUCUGCCUUUUCUUCGGGUUCUACAGAGUCAGUAGCCUCUGGUGACCCUGAAAAGCACAUGAAUGAUAGACUGACUUUCCUGCUAGCCAAAUCGAUUGGCUGUACUGCGAUUGUGACGGUUGCAUCUGGACAUAGAUAUAAAGGUAUUCUAGCCGGUGCUUUGACCGACUCUGAUUUAGGAGUUGUGUUGAGAUUUGCUGAAAAAACAUCUUCAGUGCCGGGAAUCGAAGACGAAGAUGCCGCUGCUGACCCGAAUGGCAACAGCGGCACUUCUGGUACUACUGGAAAUAAGGCCAGUGGAAAUAACUCUACUAGUGCAGCAGGCGACGAUGGUAAGAAUAAACGCAAUGGAUCUGAGGAGCAAAAGCGUUUCGACAAACUAGUCAUAGCUCCAAAGGAUUGUGUUGACAUAUUUAUUGAGAACCCAGACCUCACGCCUGAUGUCAAGUCAGAAACACCUGCCAACUCCGUUUCGAGCGGAAUCAAUAAAAGUAGCGGGGCUUUCAAAACUGAUACAGACAUUUCCGGACGCAGAAAUGGACUGGGAGGAGAAAGAGAACUUCAAAGGUGGACACCCGACUCUAAUAUUGAACUUGGAGUUACUUUGGAAGAGACUGCUGGCUCAAACUCUGGUGGCUGGGACCAGUUUUCGGUAAACAAACAAAAGUUCGGCGUGGCUUCUACUUAUGAUGAGCACUAUUAUACUACGGCUAUUGAUAAGAGUCACCCUGAAUAUCAAGAAAGAGCCCGACGUGCAGAGCAGAUUGCUGCUGAAAUCACAAAAUCUGGGCAUGGUGGAAAUGUCCACCUUGCCGAAGAAAGAGGUCUCGCUAUAGACGAUAGUGGCCUUGAUGAGGAAGACAAAUAUUCUGGUGUGGAUAGAGGCCAGCAGAAGCGUGACAGUUUAGGACAAACAUCAGGACAGAGCCAGAGAGUGCCGGUUCAAAAACUGUUUCAACAAGCUCACCGGGAAAAGCUUCAAGGCCAGGGUCAAGCACAGACUGGUUAUGAACCCGACCAAAGACAAACGCCUUCACCACCUGUCCCAUCCGGUUCUACCAAGGCGAAAAAGUAUACCCCACCUCAAUUUAGAGCACCAACAGGUGUCAAGGGAGUUCCAGGUGUUCCAUAUGAUCCAGCCAUCGUUUCGAGUUCUUUGGCCUCCCCUGAUGGUAGCCUUGCUCCUAGGACUCAAGAUAUGUCGGCCCGUGUUGGGAAGUCAGAUGACAAGUCCAACACACCUACUGCUGUUGCUCCUGCUGCUACUGCUUCUGCUACUGCUUCUGCCGCGCCAGUUGUCCAAGCUGCUAAUUCUGAAGGAGCUAAUGCUUCUUCAAACACUUCAGCCUCUGAUUCACCGUCUGGUGGUAUUGAAAAGGAACUGGCUGGUAAUUUCCGCCAGUUUGUAUCUGUCGAGGUACAAAGGCUGAAUCAAAAGAAACAAUACUUACAAAAAAGAGAAAAGUCCGAGAGGUUACAUGAUUUCAAGAAGUUCUCGGAAGACUAUAAAAUUAACGCUCCGGUGCCUUUAGACUUGGUACCUAUUUUAGCCAAGGGUAAAGAUAAACAAGAGGAGAUAGUUCAAAGAGCAGCUGCCAAUGCUGCUGCAGCUCAUAGCCCUAAAACCUCGCCAUCAACCUCUAAGACCUCGACGGUGGCACCAGCUCUUCCAGCUACUGGGUCACCUCGUGGAACAUCUACUGAGUCUUCUCCUGCCAUUACCAACAACACACAUCCAUCAACAUUGGAUGGUGCUACUAGUACUGGCACAAAGGCUGUCCUUCCUAACAAACCAACCACGAAACCUUCGACUGUUCAGCCAACUCCAGCUGUGCCUGCAGUUCCAGUACCGGUUUCAACAGCACCAGUCACUACCUCAGCUCCCGCUUCUACACCAGCUACUGGUACGCCUGUUCCUAGUGCAGCAGCUGCUGAAAAACCUAAAUUCAAUUUCAAGGUACCAGGGUUUAAACCCAAUCCCUCUGCUCACUCUUUCACUCCAUUCGGAGCAAAAGGAUCUCCAUCACCAGUUGCAUCCCAAAUCUCAUCACCACAGACCAAGGUUACAGCACCUGUCCCUGAAACCGGUUCAGCCACUGGACGUGCACCAGUGGCCACGGCAACAGCAAAUUCGGCUACUAGCGGUACUGCUACACCGAAUUCUUUCUUUGGGGGCAGACAGCCAGGUGCUAAAUCUCGUCAAAAUAAGUUCAACCCCUUCUUGGAGGCAAAAUCACAUCACAAACCCGAUGAAACUUUUACAAUCGAACGGGCAUUUGCUACUCCUCCAACAUGGACUCCUGGUGUUGAGAAGUCAUACUCUGAAGUUCUGACAUCGUUAAAAAUUAGCUCGCCUAGAAUUGGAGGCUUUUUCCCUCCUGGUUCGGGUGGAAUCGGAUCACCCCGUCCAUCUGUUACAGGAUUUGCCCCUUCGGCCUCUCCAAUGGGCAUGUCCGGAGCUGCUAACCUUGUAGCAAUGAUGCCCGCUACUGCUUUUGAUGAAGUUGGAAAUCCUAUAAUGACAACUUCACCACCACCUAUCCCUGGUCAGAUGAUGCCCGCUGGAAUGGUCCCAGUGGGUUACCCACAAUAUGUGCCUCAAUACGGAGCUCCACAGUAUUAUGGUCGGCCACCACCCAUGGGCUUUCCUAUGGGAUAUCUACCUCCCCAAGCUGGUUACGGUUCUCCUCGCAUGCACCAAGCGAUGAUGGUCCCUCCUGGACAACCUUCUAACGGCUAUUAUCCUCCACAACACCAAUUUAUUCCACAACAACGAACACAUCAUAAUAAUAAUAACAAUUACUCAAGGCGAGGCUCGGCAGGACCUGGUAAUCAUGGUGGUGGUGGUGGCGGUCCUCCUACUUCGUUACCACCACAAAUGCAGGGCCAGUUUCCACCGCCACCUGCCUCUAAUGCGCUAAAUUCAAAGUCCCCCACUCCAACGACCCCAGUUGAAGAAGAAAAAUAG